CGUCUUUUGUGAUCUACACCAAUGAACGAACGCGCCCGGGUGGGCCGUUUCCUACUCCCCGCCCCUGCCAUCCCCGGCUAAGGAAAGUUUGUCUCCGGCGGGCUGGGGCCGAGAGAGGAGCGGAGCGGAGCGGAGCAGCCAUGGCUGUCGGUUGGCGGGUCUGGUGCGUGCCGGCGGUGGCGGCGCUGGCGCUGGCGCUGCUCUUCGUGGCUUGCCGCUUCCCCUCUGCCUCUGCCUUCCGCAGAAAGGAGAUGGUGUUAUCAGAAAAGGUUAGUCAGCUGAUGGACUGGGCCAGCAAGAGAGCAGUGAUAAGAAUGAAUGGGGAUAAAUUCCGUCGUUUUGUCAAGGGAUCACCAAAGAACUACUCAGUGAUUGUGAUGUUCACAGCUCUUGAGCCUCAUCGACAGUGUCUGGUUUGCCGACAAGCUGAUGAAGAGUUCCAUAUUUUGGCCAACUCCUGGAGAUAUUCCAAUGCAUUUACCAACAAGAUAUUUUUUGCUAUGGUAGAUUUCGAUGAUGGGUCUGAUGUGUUUCAGAUGCUAAAUAUGAAUUCGGCUCCAACUUUCAUGAACUUCCCUGCCAAAGGAAAGCCAAAACAGAGUGAUACAUAUGAGUUACAAGUUCGGGGAUUUUCAGCUGAACAGAUUGCCCGGUGGAUAGCUGAUAGAACCGAUGUCAAUAUUCGAAUAAUUAGGCCUGCAAAUUAUGCUGGCCCUCUUAUGUUAGGAUUGCUUUUGGCUGUUAUUGGUGGCCUUGUUUAUCUUCGAAGAAGUAAUCUAGAUUUUCUUUUUAACAAAACUGGAUGGGCUUUUGCAGCUUUGUGUUUUGUACUUGCCAUGACCUCUGGACAGAUGUGGAAUCACAUAAGAGGACCACCGUAUGCUCAUAAGAAUCCCCAUACAGGACAGGUGAAUUACAUACAUGGAAGCAGCCAGGCCCAGUUUGUAGCUGAAACACACAUCGUCCUUCUGUUUAAUGGUGCUGUUACUCUGGGGAUAGUGCUUUUGUGUGAAGCCAUCACAUCUCACAUGGAUAUCGGAAAGAGAAAGCUAAUGUGUGCCGUUGGCAUUGUGCUGGUCGUGGUGUUUUUCAGUUGGAUGCUCUCUGUCUUCAAGUCUAAAUACCAUGGCUAUCCCUACAGUUUCCUGAUGAAUUAAAAAGAAGCAAAUCAACGCUGGAACAUUAAAGCUUAGACACUGUAUAUAUUGUGUUGGAACAGUGCAAAAUGUGUAUGGUUCAUAUUACCUCUCUUGAAAAGGAUUGAGAUUGUGUUAAAAAAUUGAACCAAAGAGUGAUGUGUAGUGCCUUAAUGUUAACAAGCAGUUUGCUUUAAAAGUCCAUGCAGUGUUAGGACAAAUCUCCCUUCUGUUGUUAACCUCCCCAUCCCAGUGAGCUUUACAAAACAUUUAACCUCGUGGAAUUCAGAAUUUUUUAGACAGAGUAUGUUUUGGGAAUAAAAGAAAAUCUUGUAGUAGCACUACUUCAGUCUAAUUUGAGGAAUUCCUUUUUGUUAAUUUUUAGUCACCUGAUAAAAUAUUUUUCUACUCCAGUGUGAAGAGAUAUCUUGAUCAAUCUUUAUCUAUCCAGCAAUUUCAGAUAACUAUAAUAAACAUCCACUACCCAUUUUCCCUUUUUCUUCCCAUGAAAUUGAGGCUUUGCACAUCUGUCUUUUAGGUUGAGAAAGCAGAUGUGCUGUAUUGCCUCCUAAAAACAGAAAACACUCCCCAUGUGUACAGACCAAGGCUCCCUAAUGGAUAUUUUGCUUAGGUCUUUUCUCCUGAAGCACAUUGCUAUGUAGCUUUAGAUGUGAAAGUGUCACAUAAAAAAGUCGUAUCUGUGGGUGCUAAUAAUCAGUCUUAAACUUAGAGCUUUCAGGUCAAUUCCUUUUCCCUAUUUUUCUUUUAUAUGAGAAAGCUCAUUUAAAACACGUCAGCUUAGUAACAAAUUAGUCCCACUUCCUAAUUUCCAAAAAAUUUAUCCUAAUUUGAAAUUACUUUGGGAAUCACCAUAGUAGCUCACUCACAGAGUGAACCUAAACAUUUUCUGAUUAGGAAAAUUUCCUUCAGGUUUAUCUACUUUAAGACAAAGAAUUUGGAAGGUGAUUAAAUAAAGUGAUAAUUAUGAGGACUUCUGGAAAACCACAUGAUGGGUAAUUUGUAUGUGACAGAUAGUACAAUGAAUGAAUGUUUAAUUAUAUGAUGAAUUUUUUUUCACUUCAGUUACAUUUACUAAUUGAUGCUAAGCAUGAUGCCUAGUGACUGUCAAUUAUCCAAUGGUUGGGGUGAACAGGUGGUCAGGCCCUACUGUGCUAGUUAUUUAAUGUAGACUAACUAAUUGGGUUAAAACAAAUUUUUUCUGUUUAAAAAAAAAAAAAAAGCUCCUGUUCAUGGGCCACAUAUUGGACAUCUAGUUCACCUUGGUUGCUGCCUCUGAAUGUAAAUUAAGUCCCUUGAAAACCUGUGAUUUUUCUAUUUUCUCCCUUCUCCUCCUUCCCCUUGAGGGCCAGGACAGUUGACUUUUUCUGUUCAUAUCCCCAGUACCUUACAUGGAGUUGGUGUUUAAGAGAAGUUGAUUGAAAUAAAUUGAAAUUUUUUCUUCCCAACCUCUUUAAAAAGAGCAAGAUGAAAAUUCAGUAUGUUUUCAACCUUGGCAUUCUUCAGUGAUUGAAAAUAAUACGGAAAAGUUUACAAAUGAAUUGUUGUAACUCAAAUGAUUCUGCUCCCUAUUUAAGUUUCCUCUGUGGUCACUAACUUUCUGUGAGAAUUUAACUUAUUAUUUACCAUUAGGUCAAAAUACACAUUCUCUAAAGCAAAUACAGUGAUGGUGAGAGAGAGGGAUAUGGAUAAAUGUGCUAGACUGAAAGUAAAUUCCUGCCUUUUUUUUUUUGUUUGUUUAAAGCUGUGACUAUUGACAUAUAGAAUAUGUAAGUGAGGCCAUAAGUGAUCACUGUUUAGAAAGGGCCUCCAGACCCCAAAAGAAAGGUAGCUUUUAAAAGCCAUCGUUUAAGGGGAAUGGUUGACGUUGGUAUUCUUCAAUGUAACUGUAUCUUAUUUGUUAGUUUAUUGGGAACCUCACUUUUAUGCAUCCUCUUGGGUCUUCCUCAGCUAUUACUCAUGAUGGACCCACUGAAUUUAUGCUCUGAUUCCUAAUAGUGAAAUUGGGUGAAGCUGUCUGGCCCCAGAAAAUUGUUAGAACCUUAUUUGUACAGAAAGGUUGCGUGUCCUGGAGGUUGAACUAGUAUGUGGAGAAAAGAGAGACUGAUGUAUUCAAAAUUGAGCAUUUCUUUUAUUUGGAUUUUGAAAGUGACUUCUUUCUAAAGUGCCUUAAUUGGAUUUAACUGUUUUACAAUCUUAUUUGCAGACUUUUAAUGAUUUUUAGUUUUUGAACCAGGAGUAGGCAAUUGUAGAAGAGACUUUUAAAACUAAUUCCAAUUUUGAAAUUCUGAUGAUUUUACAAUUUGCAACCCAAACUACAAUAAAACCGGAGUUUCCGAUAUCUUGAUCAUCUUUAAGUAUAUCGUGUGCACAUAAGACUGAAAAAUUAAUCUUUUUUUAAUUUUUAUAGCCUAUUGGAUUAAACAGAAUAUUUGAGAAGGUCAAUGAAUAGAUAUUUAAAUGUUUUAGGUUUUGUCCUGUUCAAGUAAAUAUUCUUUGUUGGGUCUAUUCUGAAAAAGUCAAGAAUUUAAAAAAUUACAUAGACAGCUUGAGUAAAACAACUUUCUCUUAUGCUCAGUCAGCCCUAUAUAGGGUCUUUUGCUUCAUGACUGCUUCACUCUAUUCUGCUUUGGAGGUCCCACUAUAGAUAAUUGGAACUUGCAGUUCUGCCCUCUGCAUUCCAAGAUCAUUGUGGAUAGGUGAUCUCCCGUUAAAAGGUUAUAAUUAGCAGACUUUUAAAAGUCAAUACUCAUAGAAACAGUUCCAGUGAUAGUUGUCUGUGAAUGUGAAUCUAUAUGAAUAUACAACUACAUAUUCAUUAUUGUUGUUAUUACUAUUAUUGCCAUUAUA